AUGUCUUCAGAGUUGCGUUUUGAUAACCAGACCGUCGUCGUCACCGGCGCUGGCGGUGGUUUGGGAAAAGCAUAUGCUCUCUUCUUUGCCUCAAGGGGUGCGAAUGUCGUGGUGAACGAUCUCGGUGGCUCUCACAAAGGUGAGGGCAAGUCAUCAAAGGCCGCAGACGUUGUCGUUGAGCAGAUCCGUGCCGCGGGCGGAAAGGCGGUCGCCAACUACGACAGUGUUGAGAACGGCGCAGCCAUUAUUGAUACUGCUAUUAAGAACUUUGGUCGUGUCGAUGUGCUCAUUAACAACGCCGGUAUCCUGCGGGAUGUCAGCUUCAAGAACAUGAAGGACCAAGAUUGGGAUCUCAUCUACCGUGUGCACACCUACGGUGCCUACAAGUGCGCACAAGCUGCUUGGCCUCACUUCCGCAAACAAAAGUACGGCCGUAUCAUUAACACCGCCUCCGCCGCCGGCCUCUUCGGUAACUUUGGCCAAGCCAACUACUCCGCCGCAAAGCUGGGUCAGGUCGGUUUCACCGAGACACUGGCCAAGGAGGGUGCCAAAUACAAUAUCAUUGCCAACGUCAUUGCUCCUAUCGCUGCGAGCCGUAUGACUGAGACUAUUAUGCCUCCGGAUGUUCUGGAGAACCUUAAGCCUGAUUGGGUUGUCCCCGUUGUCGCUCGUCUCGUUCACUCAUCCAACACUACCGAGACUGGUGGUAUCUACGAGCUCGGUGGUGGUGCCGUUGCCAAGCUGCGCUGGCAGCGCGCCAAGGGUGCUCUUCUGAAGACCGAUGCCUCCUUGACCCCCGGUGCCAUCGCUCGCAAGUGGGCCGAUGUUAACGACUUCUCCAAGUCCGAAUACCCUACUGGUCCUGCUGACUUCAUGGGUCUGUUGGAGGAGGGUCUGAAGCUGCCUAGUGCCCCGAAGGGCGAGGAGCCCGAUUUCAAGGGCCGCGUGGCCCUGGUCACCGGUGGAGGUGCUGGUCUUGGCCGUGCUUACUGCUUGCUGUUUGCCAAGUACGGUGCUAAGGUUGUUGUUAACGACCUGGUGGACCCCGAACCCGUUGUCCAGGAGAUUAAGAAGGCCGGCGGUGAAGCCGUUGGCAACAAGGCCAACUGCGAGGAUGGUGACGCUGUUAUCAAGUCCGCCAUUGAUGCCUUCGGACGUAUUGACCUUCUGGUUAACAAUGCCGGUAUCCUGCGUGACAAAGCUUUCACUAACAUGGACGACAACCUUUGGAACUCUGUUCUUAACGUCCACUUGCGUGGAACUUACAAGGUGACCAAGGCUGCCUGGCCCUACUUCCUUAAGCAGAAGUACGGCCGUGUUGUCAACACCGCUAGCACUAGCGGUAUCUACGGUAACUUCGGCCAGGCCAACUACGCCGCAGCCAAGUUGGGAAUUCUUGGUCUCUCCCGCGCUCUCGCUGUCGAGGGUGCCAAGUACAACAUCAAGGUCAACACCAUUGCUCCCAAUGCUGGUACUGCUAUGACCCGCACUAUCAUGCCCGAGGAGAUGGUUCAGGCCUUUAAGCCCGAUUACGUCGCUCCUCUUGUUGCUCUGCUCUGCUCUGAUGCCGCUCCCGAGCCCUCUACCAAGGGUUUGUACGAGUGCGGUAGCGGUUGGUUCACCCGUACCCGCUGGGAGCGAUCUGGCGGCCACGGAUUCCCCGUGGAUGUCAAGCUGACUCCGGAGGAGGUUCUCAACAAGUGGGAGAAGAUCGUUAACUUCAAUGAUGGUCGUGCUGACCACCCCGAGGAUGCCGCGGAUGGCUCCGCCCGGGCGAUGGCCAACAUGGAAAACCGUUCAGGCGCCAGCGAGUCCAAGAACAAGAUCCUCCAAAACAUCGAGACGGCCAAGACCGCUACUACCGAGGGUACCUCCUAUGACUACGUGGAGCGGGAUGUCAUCCUCUACAACCUCAGCCUGGGUGCCAAGCGCACUGACCUGCCUCUGGUUUACGAGAAUCACGAUCACUUCCAGGCCCUUCCCUCCUUUGGCGUUGUCCCUUGGUUCAACACCGCUCUCCCCUGGAACAUGGAUGACAUCGUGAAGAAUUUCUCCCCCAUGAUGCUCCUGCACGGUGAGCAGUACAUGGAGGUCCGCAAGUACCCCAUCCCCACCAAUGUCAAGACCUUGACCUACCCUAAGCUCAUCGAUGUUGUUGACAAGGGUAACGCUGCCCUGGUCGUGUCUGGCUUCACCACCAAGGAUGCCAGCACUGGUGAGGACCUGUUCUACAAUGAGUCUACUGUCUUCAUCCGCGGUAGCGGUGGCUUCGGCGGCUCUCCCAAGCCCACUGCUGUUCGCCCCAAGGCGGCCACCGCUGCCUACAAGCCUCCCCAGCGCCAGGCUGAUGCCGUGGUUGAGGAGAAGACCUCCGAGGACCAGGCUGCGUUGUACCGCCUGAACGGUGACUACAACCCACUUCACAUCGACCCCGAGUUCAGCAAGGUGGGUGGCUUCAAGACCCCUAUCCUCCACGGUCUGUGCUCGCUGGGUGUGGCUGCCAAGUCGGUCUUUGCCAAGUACGGCGCCUACAAGAACCUCAAGGUUCGCUUCGCCGGUGUCGUCCUGCCUGGCCAGACUCUCCGCACUGAGAUGUGGAAGGAGGGCAACACCGUCCUCUUCCAGGCUACCGUUGUCGAAACUGGCAAGCCCGCCAUCACCGGUGCUGGUGCCGAGCUCCUUGAGGGCGCCAAGGCCAAGCUGUAA